CCGUAUCGUCCUACUUACGCAUGAUAUAAAACAAGAUUCAUUCAAACAGGGCAUAUCACGUAAUAGUGAAUUCAAAAUACCACCAAACUAAAUGUAUUUAUGUAAUCUUAAAACGUAUGGGCUGUAGUUAUACAAGAAAUAAUAAAUCGGUUCUUGGAAUGGAGGCAUUUCGAAAUGCUGGAAUUAUAACGGAUGUGAUUGACGAUGUACCAGGGAAGUUAUUGCUAGCAUCCUGGGGGAGUAAAAACCUAUACCCUGGGGAUAAGAUGCGGCCGCGAGAGAUUACGAAAGAGCCAUCGAUCAGAUACGAUACAGAAACCGGUGGAUUUUACACCUUGGCUUGUGUUGAUCCGGAUUUCCCAUCAAGGGCACACCCCGAUCCACAUGAGUCCCCAGUCCUUCAUUGGCUCGUGGUAAACAUCCCCGGAAACGAGGUACAGAAAGGGCAAGUGAAGGCAGCCUACAUUGGGGCCGGAGCACCUGAAGGUUCAGGUUUCCAUAGAUACGUGUUUCUACUGUUCAAACAAACUGCUGGAAAAAUGGACUUCUCGACUUUGAAACAUAUUCCUAAUAACAAAGCGGAGGGGAGGCGCAGAUUCAACGCACGUGAUUUUGCAGCGAAACAUUCUUUGGUUUUGAUUGGUGGUAAUUUCGUUGAGGCGGAAUAUGACGAUUCCGUACCGGAACUUCACAAGCAGUUGGGAGUUGGACAAUUUGCGAAAUAAAUAAAUGUUACAUGGCUGAUGACUAAAUGUAAAAUGAUAUAUAUUUCAGUGAUGUAAGCCCAUGAUGCAGUAAGUGGCAACAUUUAUUAGAGCGAAUUUGGUACAAAUACUUUAAUUAUUUUAACUCAUUUGUGCAGAUAUUGUCAUUAUAGUACUAUAUAUAUUUAACGUUACGGUUGUGCGAUAAUAACUACAUUAGUAAACGACGUAUUUUAGAAAUGCGCAUGUUUAAAAACUAUUUAAACGAUAAGGUGAAACAUGAUAAUAUAAGUCCUUCAAUGUAUUGAAUGUCGUGGGUGUCUAUAAUAAACGAAUCAAUUACAAUGCUAACAACAAAUAAUUAUGGACUUAAGUUCAUCACAAUCCUAAUGCGAUAAUAGCAGUUUUUUUAAGUAUUAUAAAAUUAAAAUAUGUGCAAUGUGUCAUUUCUGUCAUAUGCAACUUAACACAAUCAUUGAGUGCGCAUGUGCGCAUCAAGUGGAUUUUACUGUUCUAUAGAGAUAUUUUGCAUUAUGUUCCUGUCAAUAAACGAAACCAAGUAUGA